GGGUCUGAACCUUAAAAUGCCGGAUGCGAAAGACUUCUUCAGCUCUCGAGGUGAGCUGACGAAACUCGCUUCUCGGUGCCUGUGUUGGGAAUAGUGGUGGUGAAGUGCCAAGAAACUCUUUCAUGUAGAUAAAGUAUAAGGAUGCUCUGACGCCAUGUUUAGUGUUUCUCAUGAUCCGAUUGUCAAGCUCAGUCCAAAGACAUCAAGAUGAGAUUCACUGAUAUUGUCUCCACGAUUUUCGUGGCUCGUACUAUUGCAUUUUCUCACGAUGCGCAGCAUCGUCUUAAUGACAAAAUCAACGUUGCUGGCACUACAGACACUAAUCCGAAAUGCUAUCUUCCCGCCCCGUUGAACCCCUCCGACGACGGGCUUGAAAGUUCGCAUGAUUUAUUCUCCAGCAAGAAAGCGCUUCAGUUGAUGGUCAAGAAGCAUCAAUCCCUCGUCCGUAUCCCUUCAAUCUGCUAUGAUGACAUGGGAGAUUUGGAUACAGAUGAUAGAUGGAAGCCAUUCAAUGACAUACCAAAAAUGCUAAAGAAAGCAUAUCCGACCGUACACAAACACAUCACCCCCGAAAAGGUCAACAAAUUCGGCCUCGUCUACACCCUCCAAGGCUCCGACCCAUCCCUCCAGCCAAUUCUUCUAGCAGGCCAUCAAGACGUCGUCCCCGUAGCCGCCGGAACACUCCACGAAUGGGUCCACCCCCCCUUUGACGCCUUCUACAACGAAACAGACGGCUAUCUCUGGGGCCGCGGCGCUUCAGACGACAAAUCAGCCAUCACAGCUCAGAUGUCUGCCCUAGAAGCACUUUUGUCUCAGAAGACUUACAAACCGCGUCGCACGGUCAUUCUGGCUUUUGGAUUUGAUGAGGAAUGCUCUGGUCAUCGUGGAGCAGGCCAUAUCUCGAAACAUCUGGAGAAGAGAUAUGGGGAGCAUGGCAUUGCUGCUAUUCUUGACGAAGGCGGUGCUGGGCUGCAGAAGAUGGGUGAUGUUUUAUACGCGCUUCCUGCUGUUUACGAAAAAGGUUAUCUCGACGUAUGGUUCAACGUCAGUGUCGUCGGUGGCCAUAGCUCAGUGCCAACACCGCAUACAGCGAUUGGCAUAAUGGCUGAGAUUGUUACUACCCUGGAACAUAACCCCUUCAAGCCCGAAAUCGCCAAGAACGGAGCCAUUCAUCAAUGCCUCGCUUGCUUCGCAGAGCAUUCGCCCCAAGUUUUUCCAGACCUCACUAAGCUUGUUAACGGUGGAGAUCUACAAGGCGUUGCGAAGUUCUUGACUAAGCUGUCGCGGGAUAUGCAGUACAUGGUUCAGACCUCGCAGGCAAUUGAUGUUAUAUCUGGAGGUCAAAAGAUCAAUGCUUUACCGGAGUUUGUGACGCUUGGUGUUAAUCAUCGGUAUGCGCCGCAGGAUAGCAUUGGAAGCAUCCAGCACAGAAUCGUUGGCUUGAUCAAGGAUAUCGCCGAAAGCCACAAGCUCCGAGUUGAAGCUUUUGAGAAUGAUGGAGAUUAUGAUGAGUAUCUUACUGCUAAUGAUCUCUCUCGACAAUGCAAAAAGGAUGAUGAUCUUUGGCAGCAGAAUUACAAGGGUACUUUGACGAUCGGAGCGAAGAAAAAGUCAUACAUAACACCUCAGUCACCAACAACCGGUCCAGUUUGGGAUAUUUUCGCAGGAACAGUACGGCAUUCAUUCGCACAAGAGGCAAAGACAGUCGUUGCAGCUCCCGGAGCCAUGACGGGCAAUACCGACACUCGACAUUAUCUCAAUCUCUCCAAAAACAUCUACAGGUGGAGCCCCGGCAGCCUCAAGUCCUUCUCCAACAUCCACGGCGUCAAUGAGCGGCUUUUGAUGAGCGAGCAGAUGAACAUGGCAAAGUUUUACUAUGAUUUUAUUCGUAAUUUCGACAAGGCCGAUGUCUAGGGGAGCAUCACAUGUAAAUAGGAGACUACUCCUGAGAUUGGGAUUUAUCGUCGAUUAUUCCCAUGUCAAGCUUCUGCGUAAUUCUUCCGUUCAUCUGAACUUGUUCCGUUCCGUUUCUUCAGGCGCUGGGAUCAUCUCCACUCACCUGUUACAUCCGGCAAUGAACCCCUGUGUACAUCAAUUUCCACCAAUCACUGUCAACUUUCAAGUCCGCCAAGGCUGUGAGAUUAUCUCUAU